AUGGUGCAUUUUAUCACAAUCUGGAAAAACAAUGAGCGAAAUAAAACGAAUAAUGGAUUGUUCCAAGAACGAAUACGUAAAGAACUUCCAGCUUCGUCAUUACGUACGUAUGUUCAGGAAAAUGAAAUCGCUGAUCAGCUGUUUAAUGUAGUGACAAAGCGUGAGAUCGUCAAUGAAGAUGAAAUUCAAAAAUCAGCUGACCAAUUUGUUUCUGAAGUUAAAUCAUUGUUACCUUAUUAUAAUGAAGAUUUCAUAUUGAAUACAGAUCAAGCAGGACCUCAGCUUGAGUUUCCCUCAACUCGAACUCUCUCAUAUCAACGAGAAAAGACGACACUUGCCACCGUACGUUCAGUAAAUGCAAUUACUCAUAGUUAUACGGUUCAAACGACGAUCACUAUGAGUGGUAAGAUCUUAGGCCCUGUUUAUAUAUGUCUCAAAGAAGUAAUUGGUCGAAUGAGCGAUAAUAUUAAAGCGAAUCUUCAGCAGUUGAAGAAUGUUGUUGUUAAAUGCAGCGCAUCAGGAAAAUUAACUACGUGA